GCGGUAGUGAGGAGAGUAACGCAUUCUAUGUAGGUUAGUUGGCUAAAUAGAUUUCAGAACUGUGCUUCAGUUAAAUAUACUGGUUUAUGUAGCUGCAGAAAAACAGGAUUAGAGGCAAAAAUGUCUGUCGGAGGCAAAAAAGGAAGCUCGAUAUUCUCUGGAUUUAGGGCGCUUGGACUUUACUCUAACCAUCUACCACACGUGGUCCGAUUUCAUAAGAAACACCGGGAGUUCUAUAUCGUGACAGCCGUUGGGCAGUGUUUCCAUACGUACAAUGUAAAGAAACUUGGAAUUGUUGCUGUCAGUAAUGCUCUUCCUGCAGAUAUUGCAUGCCUUGCUGCUGACCGAAUGCUUGUCUAUGCUGCACAUGGAAAAGUUGUCUCUGCUUUUGCAAAGAACACACAGGUUGUCCACACUUAUGAAGGCCACCAAGCUGAUGUCCAUCUGUUACUGCCAUUUGGAGACCAUCUCAUAUCAGUGGACAAGGAAAAUGUUGUCAUCGUUUGGGAUGUGGAAUCAGAAGAUACAUACUUGCGGAUUUCUUUUGACAACGCUUCAUUUGAAGUUAGGGCUGUUAUGCAUCCAAGCACCUACUUGAAUAAAAUUCUUUUUGGAAGCAGUCAAGGGAGUCUUCAGUUAUGGAAUAUCAAGUCAAACAAACUUCUGUACAUGUUUCCUGGGUGGGCAUCUGCAGUGACUGUUUUACAGCAGACUCCAGGUGUAGAUGUGGUUGGUGUAGGUUUGGCUUCUGGACAGAUAAUUAUACACAACAUCAAAUUUAAUGAAACACUGAUGAAGUUUCAACAAGACUGGGGUCCAAUUACAGCCUUAUCCUUUAGAACAGAUGGUCAUCCAAUAAUGGCUGCUGGUAGCCCUGUUGGACAUAUUGGAUUAUGGGAUUUGGAGGAGAAAAAGCUAGUUGGUCAGAUGAGAGACGCACACACCACAGCCAUAGCAGGACUCACCUUCCUGCAUGCAGAGCCACUUCUCAUCACCAAUGGCGCUGACAAUGCUAUUCGGGUAUGGAUUUUUGAUGUAGCUGGAGGGGAAGGACGUCUUCUGAGAUUUCGUAUGGGACACAGUGCACCGCCCAACAAGAUCCAGCACUAUAACCAGAGUGGCCAGCAUAUACUGAGCGCUGGCCAAGAUGGAACCCUGCAGUCAUUCUCUGUUGUUCAUGAACGGUUUAAUAAGAGUUUGGGGCAUGGAUCUCUGAACAAAAAGAAGGCCAAAAAGAAGAGUGUGAUUCAUGACACAGCAAAACUGCCACCCAUAACUACUUUUGCAUCAGAGAGUGCUCGUCAGAGUGACUGGGAUGGCAUUGUGGCCUGUCACCAGGGUUUUCUUGUCGCCACAACCUGGAACUAUCAGAAAAGCUCUAUGGGGGCUCAUAAGUUGGAGCCAGAGCGUUUCAAUAAGAACCGUGCUCUGAACGUUCACGCCACGGCUGUAGAUGUCACUUCCUGUGGGAACUUUGCAGUGAUUGCACUGUCAUCUGGACACAUAGAUGUGUACAAUAUGCAGUCAGGCCUCCAUAGAGGACAGUAUGGAAAAGACAGAGCUCACUCAGGCCCAGUGCGAGGUGUUGCUGUGGAUGCACUGAACCAGCUGACAGUGAGCGCAGGAGCUGAUAAACUGGUGAAGAUCUGGAAGUUCACAUCCAAAGAGCUUUUACACACUGACAACCUUCCUGCAUCACCUGCUUCCACCCUCUUGCACAGAGACAGUGGGAUGCUGGCCCUUGCUCUGGAUGACUUCACGAUCAGUAUCUUUGACAUGGAGACGAAGAGGACUGUACGUCGCUUCUCUGGCCAGCGUGGGCGGAUCAAUGAUAUGACUUUCAGCCCGGAUGGGAGAUGGCUACAGUAGCCUCCAUGGAAUGUACCAUCAGAACAAUGGGACCUUCCCUCUGGCAGUUUGGUUGACUGUUUCCUGGUAGAUGCAGCAGCUGUCAGCAUCAGUUUCUCUCCCACGGGGAACUUCCUAGCUUCCUCCCAUGUUGACACUCUGGGUAUUUACUUAUGGUCAAACAACGCGCUGUGUAGUUUGGUGUCACUGCGUCCUCUACCUGCAGACUAUGAACCUACUGUGGUCAUGCUGCCAGGCACAUGUCCAAUUAAAGAUGAUGAAGAAGUUGAAAAAGUUGGUGCUGAGAGCUUAGAGAUGUCUGAGUACAUGUCUCCUGCGCAGCUAGAGAAACAGCUGAUAACUCUCUCUCUGCUACCUGACUCACGCUGGAAAAACCUCCUCCAACUGGACAUCAUCAAGAAAAGAAACAAGCCACAGGAGCCCCCUAAAGUGCCCAAAGCAGCCCCCUUUUUUAUCCCCACCAUUCCAGGUCUCAUACCACAGUUUGCCCUCCCUGACACAUCUUCAGAACAGUCCAAAGUGGUCAAUUUAGGAGUACUAGCACAAAAGUCUAGAUUCUACCUUCAACUUGAAGAUGCACUAGACUCUAAUCUCUAUGAAGAUCCAGUAGGGCUUCUGAAGGAGAUGGGCCCCUCAGCCAUCGACAGUGAGCUACGAGUCCUGGCACCAGAUAUGGGUGGAGACAUUCGUGUCAUGCAGAGCUUCCUCAAAAUGAUUAGCACCAUGCUGCUCUUGAAAAGGGACUUUGACCUAGCCCAGGCCUACCUUGCGCUCUUUCUCAAGCUGCACCUGCGGAUUAUUGCAGAUCACCCUUCUCUCAUGGAGGAGGCGGAGAGAGUACAGGAGCUGUUGGAGGAGACAUGGACCUCCACACAGACGCUCCUUAACCAGAGCAUGUGUUUGCUCUCCUACAUUAAGAGUGCGCUACUGUAGAAAACUUGGGCACCUACAGUUUUUCUUUUUUUUAAUGUAAACUUUAAAAAUAACGCUGUAUGUGCAACGCUUGUAUGUGCAACGCAGUUUUCUUUCAUGUGUGAAUAGUGUAUAAAAAUCCACAGUACAAGAAACAUUUUCCAUGAUUUUAUCAUUUUCUAAACACUUGUUUAAAGGACUGAUAUUACAUGGAGAUAUGACCCAGACAUCUGUUGACAUCUGGUGUACACAUCUACAAGCAAGUUUGCAGAAACUGCAGUUUACACAAGUAACAGCAAUAUCAUAUAUACAACCAUGUAAUUUCAUCACUCACAAAUCACUUUACCAAACUACAGUCAGGUUUACAAAACCACCUUUUUUUUUUUAGAUUUGUUUGUCCAUGUGAGUGACUCAGAUGUGAGGGACUGGAUGGAUAAGCUUGUGGCUGGCAGUAGCUGUGUUUGUGGAAACAAUAAAGGUUGUACUUGUUUGGUGCUGAGCAGGUUUGGAGCAGAUGGAUCUCACCAUGUGGGAGAGCACUAGAGCAGUCAUGCGCCACUUGAGCCUUAAAGAAUGACCGCUCAUGCAGGCCAGAAUGGAUUAGGACUCCAAAUGGGGGAUUGCGCUUAAAACCUGCUCUCAAUGGUGUUUAGUCAAGAUGCUAUAGAAAGACAAAACACAGUUUUUGCUUUUUUGUGUGAUUUUGGUACAUGAAUUAAAUAGUUAACAUGAAAUAAAGCUGUGUCAGAAA